AACUCCCACAACUUCUCUGCCAUAUCUUUCAAUAACAAUGAAUUUACCAUUUUCUUUUUCCGGGUCGGGUCAACUUCCAUCAUUUCAACAACCCAAAUUGAGCCACAAUCCAUGCCUAAAUUUACAAUCGAAAAGACCCGUUUUCUGCUGUGUGUCGACCCGACCCGGGAGGAAGUCAGGUCAGAUGACCCGUAACGGGUCAUCCUCCGAGGCACAGGAGCUGGUGAGUUUGGUUAUGAGGAAUUUCAGUGAUAAGAAGCCAUUAGUGAGCACACUGGAUAAGUAUGUUAAGUUAGUGAGGACUGAACAUUGUUUCUUGCUCUUUGAACAAUUUGGCAAGACUGAUAAUUGGCUUCAAUGUCUUGAGGUUUUCAGAUGGAUGCAAAAACAACGGUGGUAUAUAGCGGAUAAUGGGGUUUAUUCAAAGUUGAUAUCGGUGAUGGGGAAGAAAGGGCAGAUUAGAAUGGCAAUGUGGCUGUUCUCUGAGAUGCGUAAUAGUGGGUGCCGUCCAGAUACCUCAGUGUACAAUUCAGUCAUUUCGGCCCAUCUCCACUCUCGAGAUAAAUCCAGGGCCUUGGAAAAGGCUAUGAGUUACUUUGAGAAGAUGAAGGGAAUGGAGCGUUGUAGUCCAAGUAUUGUUACGUACAACAUUCUUUUGAGAGCUUUUGCUCAAGCAAAAAAUGUUGCACAGGUAGAUGCUUUGUUGAAAGAUCUUGACGAGAGCAUUGUCACUCCAGAUGUAUUCACGUUUAAUGGUCUAAUGGAUGCCUAUGGGAAAAAUGGGAUGAUCAAGGAAAUGGAGCACGUCCUCUCUCGAAUGAAGAGUAAUCAGUUGAAACCAGAUAUUAUUACUUUUAAUAUAUUGAUUGAUUCAUAUGGGAAGAAGCAGGAUUUUCAGAAGAUGGAACAAGUUUUUAAAAGUUUGCUUCAAUCAAAGGAAAAACCUACCAUUCCCACGUUUAACUCAAUGAUAACAAACUAUGGAAAAGCACGGCUCAGAGAAAAGGCUGAGUUAGUUCUUGAGAAGAUGACUGACUUAGGUUAUAAGCCAAGUUACAUCACAUAUGAGUGCCUCAUUGUGAUGUAUGGGCACUGCGACUGUGUUGCGAAAGCAAGAGAACUAUUUGAUAAGGUGCUAGAAUCUGAGAAGGAGAAGAAGGUUUCAACAUUGAAUUCAAUGCUUGAAACGUAUUGUAUGAAUGGUUUACCCAUGGAAGCACAUGUUCUUUUUGAGAGUAUUCAUUCAGCCAAAACUUUCCCUAUAGACUCCUCAACCUAUAAACUUCUAUAUAAAGCCUACACUAAAGCCAAUAUGAAGGAGCUUGUACAAAAACUGCUGACCUGUAUGGACAAAGAUGGGAUUAUCCCCAACAAGAAGUUCUUUCUUGAUGCUUUGGGGGCCUUUGGGUCUGCACCAACAAAUCAAAAGGCAUUCGAUGAUAAUAAAGGAUUGAGCAAGCAAAGGGGUCGGGUUGUAAGUGAAAAAAGAAAGAGUGGCUUAUAGUUAGAAAGCUGGUCACUGCCUCGUCUAUCAGGCAAUCAUGAGAUUCAAGAUGAGGUUUCUUUGUCAGACACAUUGAGUGGCUCAGUGAUUAUAUAUCAAACCGCAAGGAAAAUUUUGGUCUCCCAGAUUCAAGAUAGAACGUGGAACAUUCAAGUUGUGAUUCGCACGUAAACCUCAUUACCUAUUUUUCUUUAGAGAAAGGUGAUGCUUGAUGCUGUACCCAGAGCCCCGAGGGUGGUUCAUUCAAAGUCCAAAUUAUUGUAUUGGCCUUGGAAGUUUUCUUGUUUGCAUCUCUAGAUUCUCUAACUCUUUAUUUGUGUUGCAGCAUUGUUAUUCUGUUGCAAACAAUAAGAGAAGGGAAGAUGACAUAUCCAGCUUUUUCACUAUUUACUUUUCUCAUCAAUUGUACAAAUUGCAUCAAUCCCAGGUCUUGACACUUUGGAAGGAUCUUUUUGUUUGCAAA